AUGGACGCUGAGCACCCAAGGCCUACAAAGAGGCGCCAUUUGGCCGUCGAGGAGCGACAGCGAGCCAUCCGCGCCUGUGCCGAGUGUCGCCGCCUCAAGGAGAAAUGCGAGGAUGGCAUACCGUGCAGGCGCUGUCGCCAUCUACGCCGCCCGUGUGAAGUCGCUCCUGUGCCUGCUCCUGUGGACAGGCCAGCCCCGGACUUUGCCGGCUCGCUCAAGGAUCUGAUAGACCGCUUGCGAUACAUGGGGUUCAUCCUAAAACACCAUUUUCCAGACCUAGCGCUGGAUAUAGACUCUCUGCGGCGCAUGUGCGACGCGCUGGCCUCGCGCACUCCACGCCCCGACCAACAUGAGAACAUGGUGGAGUCGUCCGAGCAACUCGCCAAUGUCCAACCGACCGAUAGCAGCCCUGGCAUCGAAGACGAAGAUUGCACUAUUGACUCUGUAGACGAUACGACAGUUCAUUAUUCGGGCGAAUUCUCACACUGGAACUUUUCUAUGCAUAUCAAACGCAAUAUAGACGAACUCAUGGCUAAAUCCAAUGUGCCGAGCCUAGACAACGUCAACCGAGUGCCAGAAUUCCACCGCGUCGGCGAGGCAGACCCAAGUUCGACUUCCAUCGCAGAUAUUGUCGCCAUGCUGCCGCCCCGUCCGGUAGCCGCUUUUUUGAUCAAUGUCUUUUUCAAGCAUGCCACGAGUAUCUACUACUUUGUAGACCGACGCUGGCUCGACGGCACUUUGGACCUCAUUUACAACAAUGUGACCAACCUGCGCUCAAAGGAUGUCACUGCAGCGUGCGUCAUGCUGAUGGUGCUCGCCGUCGGAACCCAAUAUGUCCACCUGGAAUCUCCUGAAAAGCAGGGUAAACGAAGCACUAACAAUUCAACUUCCUCCAACACCCAAGGGAGCCGGGAGCUCGACAUCGGAUCUGCCUUUUACCGCCAAGUGGCAAAACUCAUCUCGGAAGUCACCCACGCUGGCUCACUGCUCAGCGUUCAAGUUUUUCUACUUCUGGGCCUCUAUUGGUUGCCUCUUGAUGCCUCUGGACUGAGUUAUGUCUAUCUAAACCUGGCCAUCAAGGUAGCCAUACAAAACGGGAUGCAUCGAAAUGUCUCUCGCAGCUCUUUUGAUUCGAGCACCAAAGAGAUCCGGCGCCGUAUUUGGUGGACAGCUUACUCUGAACUAUUCCUUCAAGAAAUAUCACGACUUCGGACAUGCGAAAAGUCCGAAGUCAGGACAAUCUUGAACCGUAUCAAGCUCAUGAAGACGAAUUUCCAAGGACGGUGGUCUCCUCCUCAAAGAGAUGUGCCACUAGUAUCCACGUCCAGUCAAGUGGAGCAGCUAAAGUCACGUGCUGAGAUACAUGCUCGGUUGGAGUGCUGCUUAUUGCACAUGUUCAUUGGGCGACCUUUCAUUCUGGCCCACCGCCAAGUACGUGCAGGGAUUGUUGUUCCGAGUCCUUCGAAAGCAUCCCGGGCAACAGCACCCGAGCCGCAUGCGCAGUGGACUUUCCUAGUUCAAGACUGUGUUGCGGCUGCAAAAGAAGUUAUCAGCCUCUGUCAUACCCUGCAGACGGGGCGCAUGGGCCUCGCAAAGUCGUCAUAUACCGAGUACAGCUCAUGCCGCGCAUCCCUGCUGGUCUUGAUUGCUUACAGUACCUGCUACCGCACAAACGAGUUCGCAAGCACUCUACAAAGAGGUCUUGAUGCGAUCAGAGAAAUGGCUUCGGUGGGUGAUUCGGCACGCUCAGAAGUCUCUCUUCUUGAGACGCUGGAGGCAGCGUUACAUCGACUUCGAGUAUUCGAUCCAUUACCCGAACCGCCGACGGACACAGGCGGAAACAGCUCAGCGGAAGAGAGUUACGCGGGUUUUCUCAACUGGUAUACCAAACUGGGCGGCCCCGCCAAUUCUCGUACCGAUUCGACAUACAACGGCGAUGAUGGGCAAGCGGCGAGGGCUCUGCAACCCCGUGAGCCCGAAUCACAAAUGGGGCCAAUCAGAUAUGUCCCAGCGGUGCCCAGUAUACCGAGCGAUCCAUCCCUCGAUAUCUACCCCUUUGACUUUAACCUGCUAAAUCCGGAUGGAAGCGCCGCUUUCUUUACACCAGACUUCAAUGAGCACGGCAACCCUGAACGAGAAUUGUUUGAGAAUAUUUUGUGGGUGCCCAGGUAG